AUGGCUGACAGCUGGGAGCAAGAGGAGGAGAGGCUCUCGCAGCAGGCGCAGGGCAUGAAUCUGAACCAGACGCCGACUUUUACGCCUGGAGCGCAGUCUUUUACCCCCGGCGCAAGUGCAUUUGUGCCAGGUCAGGCCUACGGUGGCUACCAGGGCUACAACCAGUAUGGCCAGCAGCAACAACAGCAGUACGGGGGUUACAACCAGUAUGGCGGUCAGGGCCAAUACUACCAGCCUCAGCAAGGCUAUCCACAGUACGGACAGCAAUAUGGUGGUCAACAACAGGGCUAUCCCAACUACGGCCAGCAGUACCCGGCUCAACAGAACUUUCAGCAGCAACAGCAGCAACAAGGCCAAGCGCCUGUACGGAUAGCAAAGCGAGGCGAUUCCGACAUGGCAGCUUCUGAGAGCGCAGCAGCCGCCCCCGCUGAGGCCAAGAAGGAAGCGCCUAAGGCAAAGGUUUUGUCAAUCGGUGGCGAUGGCGCGCCCAAGGCAAAGGUACUCUCCAUCGGCGGAGACACCACCACACCAAAGGUCGAAAAGACAGGCGGAACCAAGGUCCUGAGCUUGGGCACUCCAGCUGCCCCAUCUGCUGCCAAAGAAAAGGCGGAAAAAGAAAAGGGAACAGUGGAUGCUGGGUCCAAGGUCACGGCCGCAAAGGCCAUUGAAAAGACAGGAGAGCCCACCCCGGCAUCUGCCGGCUCUGGCAGGACCUCACCAACACCAUCAUCGGGCCGUAACAGCCCAACACCCAAGGAAAAGGCCGCUGAGAAGGCGGCCGCCAAGGCACAAGACAUCGAGAACGAGGUGGCCGAAGUCGUCGACGAGGCUACUCUUGCUGAAAUCUACGGCAAAGAGCAUGUCAACAUCAUCUUCUUGGGUCACGUUGACGCUGGAAAGUCCACCCUCGGUGGCAGUAUCCUCAUCUCAACGGGCAUGGUAGAUGAGCGAACCCUCGACAAGUACAAGAAGGAGGCCAAGGACGCUGGUCGUGAAACCUGGUACAUCUCAUGGGCGCUUGAUCUCAACAAGGAGGAGCGACAGCAGGGUAAGACUAUUGAAGUUGGUCGAGGUUUCUUCGAGACGGAGAAGCGCAGGUACUCCAUUUUGGAUGCUCCAGGUCACAAGACCUAUGUGCCCAACAUGAUCAGUGGCGCUUCGCAAGCAGAUGUCGGUAUUCUUGUCAUUUCCGGACGAAAGGGAGAGUACGAGACUGGUUUCGAAAAGGGUGGUCAGACCCGAGAGCACGCUAUGUUGGCCAAAACACAAGGUGUCAACAAGAUUCUCAUCGUUGUGAACAAGAUGGACGACCCUACCGUCGAAUGGUCCGAGGAUCGUUUCAAGGAGUGCACUACCAAGGUUGUAGCCUUCUUGAAGGGUCUUGGAUACAACCCAAAGACCGACAUUAGCAUGAUGCCAGUCAGCGCUCAGACUUUCACGGGUAUCAAGGACCGUGUUCCAAAGGAACUCGCACCAUGGUACGACGGCCCUUCUCUACUCGAGUACUUGGACAACAUGCAGGCGCUUGAGCGAAAGCUCAAUGCUCCUUUUAUGAUGCCCAUCGCUGCCAAGUACAAGGACAUGGGUACCAUGAUUGAAGGCAAGAUCGAAUCUGGUGUCAUCAAGAAAGAACAAAAGUACCUCAUGAUGCCCAACCGACAAACUAUCCACAUCUCUGCUUUGUUCGGUGAACAGGAAGAAGAAAUUCCCGGCGCCAUGUGCGGCGACCAAAUUCGCGUGCGAAUCCGAGGUGUUGAAGAAGAAGAUAUUCUGCCGGGCUACGUCCUCUGCUCACCAAAGCGACCAGUUCACUGCGUCUCGCAAUUCGAGGCGCAAGUCGUACUUCUUGACAUCAAGUCUAUCCUUACUGCUGGUUUCAACUGCGUGCUUCACGUUCACGCCGCACAAGAAGAGGUCACCAUUACAGCACUACUUCACAAGCUGGAGAAGGGCACAGGACGACGAUCCAAGAAGGCACCAGGGUUCGCGACCAAGGGCAUGAGUAUUAUUGCACGAUUGCAAAUCACUGGUACCGCCGGAAGCAUUUGUGUAGAGCGCUUUGAGGACUACCCACAGCUGGGACGAUUCACGCUCCGCGACCAGGGUCAGACGAUUGCUAUUGGAAAGAUCACCAAGCUCAUCACAGACGAAGCUUAA